AUGGUGCCGGCGCAGGCGGAGGCCGCUGCGACGCUGCCCCCGACGGCCGCGCUGCCGCGGCUGCGGCGCGAGCCGGGCCUCGGUGCGGUAGAGGACGCGCUGGCGUACCUCGAGUGUCUGUACGCGCCGCGCGUGGGGUGGCCCGAGGAGCUGAACGACCGCCUCGAGGCCAUGUCUGCCGACGCGACCGAGCGCGCGUACGCGAUCGACUGGCUCACGCGCCUCCUUGCGUCGGAGCUGGCGUGGCUGGAGGACGACGUGCCGCGGCGUGUGGCGUACGAGCGUGCGGCGACGCUCCUAACCGGGUGCACGUCCGCGCUCGAGUCGGGCGACGUCGUGCGCGAAUUUGCGUUUCCGCUCGACGGCGCGCCGACGCUGUGCCUGGAAGUGCGCGACGCAUCGCUGCCGCCGUCUGACGCACACAGCAAGCAAGGUGCGGCAGAGGCCGCCGCAGCCGUCGGCGUGCAGACCUAUGCGAGCUCAGUGAUUAUGAGCGACUGGCUCGUGACGGACCUGGGCUUCUUUCACGCGGCGUUCCGUGGCGCGCCGUGCAAGGAGCCGUUUACGAUCGUGGAGCUCGGCGCGGGGACCGGCAUCGUUGGCAUGGUCGCCGCGCGCAUCCUCGCCGAGCGUGGGACGCCAAAAGCAAAAGUGUACAUUACCGACUAUCACGCCGACGUGAUGGCCAAUCUGCAGUACAACCUCGACACCUACCUCUUCCCCGACCCCAGCAUGGCCGAGCGCGUGGACGUCGUGUGCGAGCCGCUGGACUGGCGCGCUUUGCACGCGCAGCUGCAUCCCGACGCGGCCGCCGACGGCGUCGCGUGCCGGCUUCCGCCCCCCCAGAGCGCGUCGCUGCUGCUCGCCGCCGACGUGGUCUACGACCCGAUGCACGCGACGUGGCUCCUUGGGGCGAUCGUCUACCUCUUGCGCCAGCCGGAUACGGACCCCGAUGCGCGUGCGCAUAUCCUGGUGCCGGUGCGCUCUGCCGGGCGCCUUGCCGGGCUCUAUGCGACGAUCGACACGGCGAUUGCCGCGUGUGCGGCGCCCCACAACGGCUACGUGCUCACGACGCUGUCGCAGCGCACGCUGCCGCGGCGCCGUGGGCUCGGCCGCGACGACGAAGGCAAGUACAUAUGGACAGAGCUGGGCUGGACUACCUAA